UUAAGGACUAAUUCAACCAAAAUUGACCAAAAAUGUUUGUCUGAAUUUCUGAAAUGUAGAUGGUCUAAUUUACUGACCUCAAAUUUUACAAGUUUCCAACUUGAUGGUUUGGUUUUUCCUAUGGAAUACAAGAAAAGUUGCUGGUCAUUCCUACCUCAUCUAAUCAGAUUAGUUCUAGAUAUUGAUUUUUCGACUACCGGCUCAGGUGCUUGAAGAUUUUGGUAGGUGGCAGCAGGCUAAUUCUCCAGUGUUCAGUUUGUAAAGAAUGAGCAAUUGCAGUAGCUCGGAUGUGGGUCGAUAUCAAGAAAGUUUUCCGUUAAGCUCCUUCGACUACAACUCCUCCCUCAUGCCUUGUGAUGAUGAUGACAAAAAUGAUGUUGAUGCAUAUAUCGAAAUAGAGCUUGAACCAGCAAAAACACUGAUCCCUGGGACUCGGGAAAACAAAGGGAAGAUCAGCGAGGACAAGGACGAGGACAAGGAUGAGGAAGUGGAAUUUCGUAUAUCAUUUUCUACAGUAUUUAGAAAAUCUUCUUCUGCCAAUAUGUUUUCCUUCCCAGCAAUUUAUUCUGGUGAUGCCAGUGAUUCAGCAGCAGGAUCCCAGACUGUCACUAUUUUCCCACCAACCUGGAAGAGACUGGAGCCACCAGUUGAUGAUGAAGAUUUUCAAUCAAAUGAAUAUGAGCAAACUGCUACAAUCAACAGGGAGUUGCUACAGAGCAGGUGAGUUCACUGGCUAAUCUAUGUAUGUUUUCCUCUCCAUGCCAACGACUAUGUUUAACCACCUCGUCUAAAUUUAAUUCUCAACUUUGAACCUCUGAUUAGGGAGCCCCCUUCGUCCUAUUUUCUCAUGGAGGAUUGAUUUGUGAUUAACCAAUCUGUUUUGAUCCAUGUCCAUCCUUUGGGGAGUAUUUCGGAAAUUUUAGGGAUGUUGGUCUAGAGACCAUUAAAACAGAAAUAUGAAAAUGCAGGUUAUUGUUGGGAAAAAUGGGUAAUUUGUGUGUAGAUAUUUAUCGCUUGUCAUAAUAUUACAGAGAGAGUUAGAAAAGCAAACCUUAGAGAGUCUUGUUAAAGACACUGUCCGAAAGUUGUGUUGCCUUCUCGUCGUGCGGGUACUAUUGACACUACACGGCUCCAAAGUAAAACUCAUAUAACUCACAGUUUUA